AUGGGAAAGGAUUACUAUUCCAUAUUAGGAGUCAGCAAAGAUUGUACGACAAAUGAUUUAAAGAAGGCGUACAGAAAGCUAGCCAUGAUGUGGCACCCGGACAAACACAAAGAUGUUAAGUCCAAAAAGGAAGCAGAAGAGAAAUUUAAAAAUAUUGCAGAAGCAUAUGAUGUAUUGUCGGAUGAAGAAAAAAGAAAAAUUUAUGAUACAUAUGGAGAAGAAGGGUUAAAAGGUUCUAUCCCCACAGGUGGAAAUACAUAUGUUUAUAGUGGGGUAGAUCCGUCUGAACUCUUUAGUAGAAUUUUUGGCUCUGAUGGUCAUUUUUCCUUUACAUCUGGGUUCGAUGAUGAUUUUUCUCCAUUUUCAACGUUUGUUAACAUGACUUCCAGAAAAGCAAGACCUUCUGCAACAACAAACGUAACCCCCAACAAUUACAACAAGCCUGCAACAUAUGAAGUACCUCUCUCCUUGUCCCUGGAAGAACUAUAUAGUGGAUGUAAAAAGAAGUUAAAAAUAACGAGGAAAAGAUUCAUGGGCUCUAAAAGCUAUGAAGACGACAAUUUUGUAACCAUUGAUGUAAAGGCAGGAUGGAAAGAUGGAACUAAAAUAACAUUUUAUGGAGAAGGGGAUCAGUUGUCACCAAUGAGUCAACCAGGAGAUUUAGUCUUCAAGGUUAAAACUAAAACACAUGAUAGAUUUUUAAGAGAUUCAAAUCAUUUAAUAUACAAAUGUCCAGUACCAUUAGACAAAGCUUUAACAGGUUUUCAAUUUGUUGUUAAAUCGUUAGAUAACAGAGACAUAAAUAUACGUGUGGAUGAAAUUGUUACUCCCAAAACGAGAAAAAUUGUAUCCAAAGAAGGUAUGCCUUCUUCCAAACUUCCAAAUACAAAAGGAGACCUAAUUGUAGAAUUUGAUAUCAUAUUUCCAAAAAGUUUGACUAGCGAAAAAAAAAGAAUAAUACGAGAAGCGCUAGCUAAUACCUUUUAA